GGAGAAAAAAAAAACAGUGAAACAGCAAACAUAUUUUAUUAUGGAAAUGUUGGCAGCAUUCUAUUUAAUACGAGGGAAAACUCAGGUCCAAUUUCGUCAUGUCUCUUCAGCCUUGUGUGGAGGCCCGAGCUAGCCGGUAGAGGCUUGAGAAACCUGUACAUUGAUUACUGUGCUUCUGUAACUCACAGAUUCGUGAAAAACAGCAGAAUGUCUAAAGACAAAUUAUUAGAUAUCGCAGAGUAUUUAGCAGGGUGGCUGACUUUAAGGUCGAUAUAGUUUUUAAACAGUCAAAUGGAUUCCUAUAAGUUAGAUACAAUCAGAAAAUGCCAUUUUAAACAGGUAUCAAGUACAAGAGCAACAACACUCUAGAAUAUCUUGGGAUAAAUGCAAGAAAGGAUGUACAAGAUCUGAAUGUACAAAAGAUAAAACUAAACACUAAACUGAAAGGUUAAAACGUUAAGGAAAACCUACCUAACUGGAGAGACAUGCCAUGUUGGUGACUAGGAGGGCUGGGUGUCCUGAAGAUAGUCAAUUGUCCCCUAGCUCAUCCACAGAUUUAAAGAAAAUGCAACCCCAAACCGUUACAAAUGAGCUUUCAAGGAACGUGGCAUGCUGAUUCUGACGUUUAUACUGGAAGGGAAGAAUAAGGAAGAUAUGCUUGAAGAUUACGAAUAAGAUGUGGGGACUUGCCCAACCAUAGAUCAGGAUGUCAUAUCAAGAGGUAAAAACUAAGAUGGUGUAGUACUGGCACAGUUAUAGACAAAUUUAUCUGUGGAACAGAAGAGGGAGCUCAGACACGGAGACACGCAAAGAUGGAACAAAAUGACUCAGGCACCGCCAAAUGUACCCUGGGGGUACAGAAUCCCCCCACACCACCCGGGACCCCGCCGCCCAUUGACAAUCCCUGACAGGGGAGUAUGGAUGAAUCUUAAAAACACACGGUGAAUUUUGUAAAGAACCAUGGAUCCCAAUGAGAUGCCUGCUGUGCCCUGCUGCCCCUCAGACUCCCCCACUGGUCUUGAGACCGGAGCCCCAUGGGGGAUUGAACUUGGCCCCAAAAGAGCUGUAAGUCGCUGUGUCCACUGCUACAACCACGGCUUCACUGAGCAAAUCAAGGACCAGGAGCACUUCUGCCCCUUCCAGGCCUGCGAUUGUCACAAGUGUGCCUUUUUCUCGGAGCACCGCAGUGUCUUGCCUGCUGAGAGUGCCUUGAACAAGGAGCAGGGGGCACACCUAAAGAGGCAUCUGGCUCAAGGACUGACAAGGAGUGGGGCCUCCCUUCCCAAAGCUCACGGCCAUGUCACAAAGUUGACCAUUCAAGCAGGAGUCAUCAGCAAGCACCCAAGGAGCUCUGCUGACUGGUCAGGCCCCAAAACCUUUGUCUCCAUCUUGGACUCCAGCAGCCUUGAGGAUGCAACUAACAAUUUCUGUUUCGAGGAAGACCCACAGGAUCCCUGCCCUGCGCAGCCUGCUCCUGAAGCCUCUGACCAGGACUUGGUUUCUGCCUCAGAGUGGCAGCGGAAGCUGGAAGCAGCCGAGGCUCUGCUGAUUCUGAGAGACUCUACCCAGGAGUCUUCUGGCUCCAUCUUCCUGCUACAGCCCUGCGUGGCAGCAGCUCCUGCUGGAGAUACAGGACUCCAGCCUCCUAGCCCCUCUCUGAGACCCAGGCCAGCCACCACUAUUUCUCUGCCUAUUGGACAUCUGGGGUGCAUCUCCCUCUUGAGCUAGAAGCCCAGAAGAGAAGGCCUCACUAGAGUACUGCUUAUUUAUGCAUUUGCAAAGUGUUUAAUGUCCAGUAUGCUUAACAUGUUUUUUUUUUUUAACCUGCAGGUUCUUUUACAGGCUUUUUCAGGCCCUUUUUAUUAUAGGGGGCAAUUUUUGGCUGAGGGUGGAUAUUCUUGUACCGCCAUCCCUUACUGCCUUGGAUUCUGGGGCCUUUUUAUGUCUCUUAGAAAAACAUGGUUGUGCGACUGAAGCUGAUCAUUCUCUCAAUAGGGUUCUGUGAAAGGUCAUUUGUUCAUAUCCAAGAGUUUUCAUUUGACUUGUGAUCGCAAACAUAGCCGUGCGCUUAUGUAUGUAUCCAUGCUUGUCAAAAUACAAGGACGUUUUCAUUCUGUGUCUA